CAGGCCCAAAGCAUCAGCAGACUCACCCACUGUCCGUCCGUCCAGCACCCAAUCCACCGCUCGCUCCCUCACUACUCGCCUAGGGUUAGGGGGCGGGCGGCAGGUGGCCGGCGAGCGCGCACAUCGCCGAGGACUGGGUGCGGCCGGCGGCGUCUCCACGUCUGCGGAGGGCACGGCCGCACGGAGGCAAGAGCUGCGGAGCACGGGAGGCGGAACGCUGGGCGACCACUGCGGCACCGCCGGAGGACGGAGGCGGAGCGCGUGCUGCGGCUUGCAAUCUGCCACUGCAUCCGUACCAGGAGGGAGUCCAUGCUGCUUUUGUUUAUGAAUAAACAAAUUUCUUCCAUAUUCCGAAGUGCAGGCAGCAGAUCUCGGACUGCUUCAAAGUUCUUGUCGCCCAUUUGUUCCUUGUAGAGCUUGUCGUAAGCUAGUUUGAUAGCUUCUUGCCGUGGUUUGAUCAUCACUGAUCUGACUAUAUCAUCGUAGCUCCAUGAAUAGUUCAGAGCUUAGACUUAAAGUUACCAAUAAUGGUGGUUCAAAAUUAGCUGCAGGAUCUGUCUUGUGUGAGUGUGUCCUGUUCUUAUUAUCUUAGCGUGGUACUGUGGGAUUAGCACCCACUGUUGUUUAACUUGUUUCUGAACACUGAACGUUUCUUCAGUCAUGUUCAUCUUUACUGACAAAGCAUGGGAGAUCAAUCUUUUAUGCCAGCGGCUCAGGACCCUUUUAUUUCAUUCUGCUUUAACUUGUUUUGUUCUGGCAUGCAAUUUGACUUGCAAAUUAAGAAGUCUGACAUAAUCAGCAAAGGAGAGAUGCAUCAGAGUAGCCGUUGCAUGCAGCUGGCGGCUGAUAGAUAUGCAGCAGACAUCAGCUAUUCGGCCGCAGGUGUCUGCAGGCGUCUGCAAGCCUGCGUCAUUUUGGCCGCAAAGCCCGGCUGGAGGUCGCAGGUUGCCGACGUGCAUUGGCGGGCUCCAGCAGAGUCAUUAGUGAGUGCUGGCAGGUAAUGCGGGAGGCCCUGCAGGCAUCCGGCGGGCGCUGCGGGCUGGGGGCGGACGGGAGUAGAUACGAAGGAAGCGCCGGGUCGGCAAAGCCGGCGAGGCGAGCGACGUCGGCAGCAGGGGGUGCUGCGGUGUCGGCGUCUCGUCGCGGGAGCCGCGUCAAGAUGCAGGCGGCAUGCACGACAGCGACAGCGACGUGGUGCCGCGCGUGCGCCCAUCCGGUUCCCGACCCGUGGCGUGGAUUCCUGUUCGCGUCAGAUUAACGGCAGCGCGCGGUACUCCUCGCUGCUCGCCUUUCCCCCCUCUCCUUUCUCCCCGACUCCCCCUUUCACCUCGCUGAAGCCGAACUGCCUCGCUCGCCCUCCCUCUCUCUCGCGCGCGCGCCAAUCCUUUCCUUCGCGCCGAUCGCGGCUCGGCUCCGCUUCAGAUUUUCUCAAGGUGAGUGAGCAUGUCUCCUGUCCGAGGAGGUACUCCGCGGUAGCUGAUUGGGUUUUACUGUUUUAGGAUUGGUACUGCUUUGUGGGGAGCUAAGGAUUGGUAGUGUUUUGCAUACCUGCUGCUGGAUUGGGUGGUGAUGAAAAAGGUCGUUCUUAAUUCCACUUAUUGUUGGACUGCUACCUCUAAUCAGCAGUGGUUGUGUUUCUGCUGUUCGAAUCAACGCGUGGUCUCCGAUUGCUAUGCCAAUUACUAGUACGAUGGGUGGAGGCCGUACCCUGAAUCCUGAACCUGCCGUCCGGGAUUGCUUGUCAUUCUCUCAAUGUUUCUGUUAGUUCGCCUACAUGAUGCUCGAUAGUAAUACUGCCCUGGGGUUGUUAGGCAGCUCCUCGAGCUGCUGUCAUUUCUUUCAAAGUCUCCAGUCCUUUUGUCUUUAGUGUUUCUUAUUGUUCGAGUUUUUUUGCAGGCCGAAAUUUUAGUGGUCUGCUCCAGCCAUGAGUAGCAGAAGAUAUGACAUCAAUGCUUGGAGAUGUGGGACUCAAUCAACGCCAAGUAAAUCGAUGUAUCUAGAUGCUCAACAAGUUGUCCACUGCCAAGCUACAGGCCGUGAUGUUGGCCCCUGCGCUGUGAAGCAUCACUUCCCAUCGCCAAUCGUAUCUUGGAUAGAAGAUCUUUCGAGCUUUGGCAGUGUUUCUUUUAGCCCCGAUUCUGAAUAUGUGGAUGAGCAAGCCAGGGCUUCAGUGGGACAGUCUUCAACAUCAAGCAAUUUGCAUGACAUGCAAAUAUCAGUGAGGUUGACAGAAGAAUUCAUGGAGCUUGCAAAGGAGAACACAAGCAGUAAUCUAGAGACUUGUGGAAUUCUCGGUGCUUCAUUUAGGGAUGGAACUUACUUUGUGACAAUGUUGAUUAUACCAAAGCAAGAAGGAACUGCUCACUCAUGUCAGGCUGUUAAUGAGGAGGAGAUACAUGCCGUAUUAUCAGAGCAGUCACUUUACCCUGCAGGAUGGAUUCAUACUCAUCCUUCGCAAACAUGCUUCCUGUCAUCGAUUGAUUUGCAUACUCAAUACUCUUACCAGGUUAUGUUACCAGAAGCUGUUGCAAUUGUGGUUGCACCCACCGAUCCUACCAGGAGUUACGGAAUAUUUAGGCUAACUGAUCCUGGAGGGAUGGAGGUGCUUAGGGGGUGCGAUGAAAGUGGAUUCCACACUCACCGAGAGACAACCGACGGCAGUCCAAUCUAUGAAACUUGUUCGAAGGUGCACUUCAAUCCCAAUUUGCGGUUCGAGAUUGUCGACCUGCGUUCUGGUGCAUGAUCAAUGAAAGCAAAGCUAUAGCAGCUUGUUCUUCCUUACGCACCCUUGUGGCGGAAGUAUAUACCACAUAGCUCACGAGUGAUUCCUAAGUAGAUAAACAAGCUGUUACUGAUCUGCGAUAGAGUGAUACGUCACCAAGCCUUUUGGCAUCUUUGCUUGUCUUUGUGAGCAUAACUGAAAAACUAGCACUAGUUAUCCUGAAUCCGGUUGUUCCAUCAGCCAUUGAGCUGGCAUCUGUAAGUAUGUAACUUGGGAACACAUACAUACCCAUGAUUAUCUUGGAAUGGACGAUUGGAACAUAACGCUUGACAGCAGCACUGCCAAAUCAUCAUAUACAGAAUCUGCUGGGAGCUUCAGACAAUGCAUGUAUUAACAUGAGAACUUUCUGAAAACUAGGGUGAAAGUGGUAUAUAUUGGUGAUUUUAGAGUCUGUA